UUAGUUUCCUGUAUCAUGUGCUUGAAGACAGAAGUUUGAAGAAAUGGAGACGAGGUGAGACACAGUGUUGCAACAGUUGCUGAAAGGCUCGGACGCAUAUGUCUUAACAUCCUGCACUUUGCUAAGAAGUAGCUAACGGCAACUCACGUGUAGUUCUCUUAUUUUCUGAAUACUUGAAGAUUAAAAAGGCUCCACUCACAACUGGACAGAUGGAUCUAAAGCCUCAAACUGCCUCACAAGUCGCAGGAAUUGUGGUGGUGAACAUUAUUUGGUGGAUGGUAAUGAUAGCAGCCAUUGGACUGGGGGCCACACACCUGACAAGUUGCACCAUACAGCCCCACAUCCCCAUUUACCUGAUAGUGCUGGGGGCAAACAGCAUCCUCUCACUGACUCUGACCUACACCAGCAGCGCCUUUGAUGAUGGAGCGAUCUACGUCCUGUCCACAGCCUGUAUGACAGUUCUUCACAUCUUCAGUUUUGGCUGGUUCAUAGCAGGCACCAGCUGGAUUUAUUCUGUCUAUCCUCCAAACUACUUACCUGGAAACGCUCCGUACUGCCACAAGGUGACCUACCAGUUUGCGUUUGUCGUCACUACACUGGUGUGGGUCGCACUGGGUCUCAUUUUCUUCUGCGGCUGUUGCUUCGGCAUGCUGAUCUGCUGCAGGACUGUAUGUGCUAGACGUCACUUGAUACCCAACCGAGGCAGUUUCUAUGGUGCAAUAAGUGAGUCUGCUGGUGAUGUGUGAUUUAAAUCCUAGAUUAUGUCCUCAGGUAUUUAAGGAAAUUGUCUUUUGGCCAGUGAUGCAGAUUUUGAUCUUCUUUCUGAGGAUUGAUUUUGUUUUAUCACUGUGAGGGUUAUUAAAGCUUUCCUCUGCAGCUGCAAACAAGAGUAUUUAAAAAAGCACAUUUCCAAAAGGCUACUUGAUUUUUGUUUUUCUGCAGACUUCUCCCAAAUGCCAUAAAUAAAGGUGGCUUACUGCACCAUACACCAAAAAGUUUAAGGUGUUUGCUUUAUGUUGCAGCAACUUGGGUUUUUUUUUUUUUGCCCUUCUCGCGCUGAUGAAGUCAGACCUAUUAACUGCUGAAACAUCACAUCCCUUUUACACGCCACCACCACCAUAAGUGUGAAACUUCCUGUUUGCACCAGAAAAAAACUGUCAGUGACUCUGCAGAAGCAGCUAACAAAAUGUUGGUGGUACUGGUAUUUUGUGAUUUUAUAUUCAGCUCUGCCAUGUUUCUCUGAGUCAUUUUUAGUGUAUUUCAGUAUGGUGCACAAAGAAUUAACCGAACAGUGUUGCUUGAAAAUAAAAGCUUCUUUUCUUUUCUUUUUCUUUUUUUUUUGCAUGAUUUCAUGGUUUUUGAAAAGGGAAAAUACUCAACAAUCCGUGUUAACUUUCUAUGUAGCAUGAGAUUAAUAUGAUUUAGGUUUAUGGGAAAUUGUUGGCUUUGUCUAUUUUUUACUCCAUAUUGUGCAAUUCAGCAGUGGUAACCUGCGACUGAAUCCUCUAAUGUGGCCGGAUGUAUCACAGAAACAGUUUUAACUAAAAACCAUAAACUUGUGUAACUGUCAUUGCAUCCAGCAAAAGCACACUGUGGACCCUGUUUUAAAAAAAAAUGGAGGUCAAUUACAGCGAUUCAAGCUGGUGCUCCUACAUACAGUAUACAGUAUAUAGGGUGUGUAUGUAGAAACCAGCGGUACGAGAGAGGCCAAAUAUUUCUAGGUCCAGUGUGUUUUGUUUGUGGUUGUUUGCAUGUAUCCAGGCGUCUCUGUGAAUGUAGUGCCUUUAGUGAUUAGUGUUUUUCUCUAAUCUUUCUAUGCAACUUUGCACUGUCCACUGCUGUAACAAAACAAAUUUCCCACGCGUGGAACUAACAAAGGUUCUCUUAUCUUAUCUUAUCUUUAUAUAGUAAAUAUAUUCUAAAAAACUGAGAAAACAACAAAAACUUUGAGAAUAUUUUUUUUUUAUUCUUCUGCUUAUGUUUUGUUAACUAUCUACUGCACUAAAGUCUGUAUUGCAAGAAUGAUAUUACAUGUUGUUUACAAUAAAAUUGAAUAGCCCUUUUAUUUGGA